AGCCGGAUGGACGUGUGUUUCACGUUGCCGCUCAACUUCUCGUAAAGCUCCGCGUGUAAAACUUGUUUUCUUCAUUCUUUCACAGAAACUGGUUACAUUUGUUUUUGAUAGUGACUUUAUACUACUUUGUAGACAAAUAAAGUGUGCGCUCUUUUCUUUGACAUUGUGUGUUUGUUUUUUGUGUAUCUACGUGUUUGGUUCAACGGACUACAGAAGAGGUUAUUGACAAAAAAAUGAGACUUUUCUGAAAAUCCUUUUGAAAUUUCUUUGAACUGUUGUGUGUAGUGAUAUCGUUGACAAUGUUCAAAUCUCACGUGCGAACUAUGGGUGUGAUGGCCGUUGUGGUUCGGUGGUUUAUUUUCCUGGUAGUCGGCGUGGGAUGGCAGGUUCGAUCCCAGGCUGUGCAACAGACUACGGAAGUGGACAAUUCCUACAACUUUUAUUAUGAACAACCAUGUUGUGCUGGGACUGCUACUAAGAACAAAUAUCACAUGAGACAUAGGAGAGAUCAUGUCCGCGAGUUCUCCUGCGGUCCGCUCUACUACAGAACGUUCUUCGUCGACUCCAAGAGAGAUGCCCUCUACGUUGGGGCUAUGGAUCGAUUGUAUCGGCUGAAUAUGAACAAUAUUAGUUCUUCACAUUGCGAGAGAGACGCUAUAAACUUGGAGCCGAGUAACGUAGCACAAUGCGUAUCUAAAGGCAAAUCAGAGCACUUCGACUGCCGCAACCACGUGCGGGUCAUCCAGCCGAUGGGCGACGGCUCCCGACUCUACGUCUGUGGCACCAACGCCCACAGCCCUAAAGAUUGGGUUUUAUAUUCGAAUCUGACUCACCUGCCUCGACACGAGUACGUCCCAGGAAUUGGUAUGGGAGUCGCAAAAUGCCCGUACGACCCCGCUGACAACUCCACCGCCCUCUGGGUGGAGCGAGGCAACCCUGGUGGACUCCCAGCGCUCUACUCCGGCACCAAUGCGGAGUUCACCAAGGCUGACACCGUCAUCUUCAGAACUGAUCUCCACAACCUCACCACUGGACGACGAGAGUUUUCGUUCAAGAGAACUCUGAAAUACGACUCUAAAUGGCUUGACAAACCAAACUUCGUGGGCUCGUUCGACGUCGGAGAGUACGUGUUGUUCUUCUUCCGCGAGACAGCCGUGGAGUACAUCAACUGUGGCAAGGCUGUGUACUCGCGAGUGGCACGCGUCUGCAAACGCGACACCGGAGGAAAGAACAUAUUGAACCAAAACUGGGCCACAUACCUCAAAGCGCGGCUUAAUUGCAGUAUCCCUGGAGAGUUUCCAUUCUACUUCAAUGAGAUCCAGAGCAUCUACAAGAUCCCAGGAGACGACAGCCGAUUCUACGGGGUUUUCACGACCGCGUCCACCGGGCUUAUGGGGUCGGCCAUCUGCACGUUCACCAUCGGGGACAUCCAGAAAGCCUUCGACGGGAAGUUCAAGGAGCAAGCCACCUCCAGUUCAGCUUGGCUCCCGGUGAUCAGCAGCCGGGUGCCUGAGCCAAGACCUGGAACGUGCGUCAAUGACACAGCCUCUCUGCCUGACACCGUACUUAACUUUAUCCGUUCACACCCACUGAUGGACAGCGCCGUGUCCCACGAGAACGAGAAGCCGAUUUACUACAAGCGAGACCUGUUCUUCACGCGGCUGGUGGUGGACCGCGUCAAGGUGGACAUGCUGGGACACCAGCUCGACUACACCGUCUACUAUGCUGGCACGAACGAGGGGAAGAUCCACAAGAUAGUCCAGUGGACUCGCAACGGAGACAGCCAGUCGGCUUUGUUGGACAUAUUCGACGUCACGCCAGGGGAACCCAUACAGGCAAUGGCUCUCUCUCGCACUCACGGGUCGCUCUACGCAGCGUCAGAUCGUAGAGUGCUACAACUACGCUUAGCACUGUGCGCGCGACGCUACGACGCAUGCGUGAGAUGCGCUCGCGACCCGUAUUGCGGGUGGGAUCGCGACGCCGGCGUCUGUCGGGAAUAUAUGCCUGGACUAAUCCAAGACGUAGCGAACGAGACAGCAGAUAUUUGCGACUCUUCUAUCGCGAGGAAGAGCGUCUCCGCGACGUGGGGGCAGAGCCUCCAUCUCGGCAGCUUCGUCAAGAUGCCAGAGGUGCUGCAUCCUCGCGCAGUCACGUGGUUCCAUUACUCCAGGGAAAAGGGGAGGCAUCCCAUCACCUUCAACAAACCGGAGAAGUACAUUGAGACAUCAGAACACGGGUUGCUCAUCAUUUCGGUGAACGAGGCUGACGCGGGCCGGUACGACUGCUGGCUCGGCGGAUCGCUGCUCUGCUCAUACAACAUUACCGUUGACACACACAGAUGCUCACCUCCGGAGAAAAGCAACGAAUACCAGAAAAUCUAUUCGAAUUGGUGCCACGAAUUCGAAAAAUACAAAACGGCCAUGAAAACUUGGGAAAGAAAACAAGAGCAAUGCGCGAGACAAAACGACUCGAAUCAGAACACACAUCCAAACGAAAUCGUGUGAUAGCUUCUGAACAUCGCCUAUCUCAUGUUUCAGUCAGUUAACUAUUACGCAGGAUCUAUCCCAGUGCCGUACGUCUCCGCUGGCCUGAAGUACUUCAAUAUAUUCUCGUGAAGACGAACAGACCCAGCGAACGGUUCAGUUCAACCCGAUCAUGACAUAAUAGUGCUCCCGUAUUCCUCAAGUGUCGAGCUCAAUAUAGUGUACCCUAGUGUGACCUAGCUUUUAUAAAGACAGUGUAGUGACUAGAUACGUUCCACGCCGGAACAUGAGAAGGUGAUUUUAGACACUCAAAAUUUAUAUGAACAUUUUAUUAUUAGAGGAGCGACGAUACGCGUUGUGAACAUUGUUGGAAAUGGAAUGUAAAAAGGAUUUAGGAAUCGAAAUUUUCAAAUUGUAAGUACGCUUUGUUUGUUGGGUAAGAGUAUAGUGAAUUGUUAGAUUUAUGGAAAGGAAGUUAUUUUGGUAACAACUUGAUACGAGUAGGUAUUUGCAUUUAAUCGCUUUUAAGUUUUAAUGUUUAUAUUUAAAAUUUAAGAUUAACAAUAACCUGCGCUUGUUUUUAAAGGUUUGCUUUCUCCUAAAGUAUGUGUUCUCAUUUACAUGUUGUAUGUUUUAUUUGGUGGAAAGUUUAAAUUGAAUUCGUUAAAGACAAAAGUAUCAAGAUACGUUAUCCCGGGCUCGUAAUGAUUGUAAAGCUACGUAUUGCUGUACAUCGCGGUGUAUUUACAAAUCUCCAAGGGUUGUGGGAGGGUUCGCCUCAUUAUUUUUCCCCUAUUUGUGUAAAUAGUUACCUAAUUUCGUUCGACUGUAACUAUAAUACUAGAAUAUUAUGUGUAACGUAUAGUAUGCACGUCCCUUAUCGUAAUAAAUAUGUUUUAAGCCUGUGAUAUAUUAAGAAAACUCGUGUAGAAAUAUAUUUUUAAGUAUAUCGACUGGGAAAUGAAGAGCCUAAAUUUUCAUUAAGAUCGAAAACAAGUGUUGCCAUAGAAAGGUUUUAUUUUAAAUUAGAAAAGAACAUGUCCAUGUAAAUGCAUAGAAAUAGAUAUUGCACUUUCAAGGUUCAGCAGUGGAUUCAGACCAUAGAAUUUACAACAUAGAAAAAAAUGUGCGUUACAAGAUGAAUCUCGAGGUGAAAGCUAAUAAACUGGAAAGUAUAUACUUAGAUAUGUUUUUUUUUUUUUCAUUUUCUACAUCGUUUGAAAAGUCUCAUAGUGAAAUGAAAAGUCACUCACGUGUCCGUGGGUCCUAAAAUUGAAGGUCAAAAGACCUAAAAAUAGGUUUUUCUUUAACUGAAAACAGCCCUUCAAAAGUUGACAUACAAUCAACUAUAUAUACUUGCCUCACUCAACACGCUAUAUCUGAAGAACGGCUAAAUAUAAAUAUUGUCUAUCACCAAAUAAAUCAUUUUAUUAUCUAUACAUUUCUCAUUUCCUGCAAGUAAGAUUAAUGAAAUCUCUUUUCGAAACAAAGCUUUAUACAAAUUUUCAGUUUAUUAGGUUUUCACAACAAGUUAAAUUGAAGACAGUAACGAUCAAACUGAUUGUGUUCAGAUGGUUUCGACUCUUUAGACCACAGUAACAUGGAGUCAGAAUAUAGAACUAGAGCGUUUUUUUCGUGUCGGUCAUUUGGUCUAAAUCCAGCUUUAGACAAGGGCAAAACAUGAUCUGUAUAUACAGGGUGUUAGUGACAUCAUAACGAAAACAUUAAGGGAUGAUUCAGACC